AUGGGUAUCGACAUCCGCCGCCACCACGUCAAGAAGGGAAACAGGGCCGCUCCCAAGUCUGAGGAUGCCUACCUUCUCUUGCUCGUCAAGCUCUACAGGUUCCUCGCCCGAAGGACCGACUCCAAGUUUAACCGAGUCAUCCUCAGGAGGUUGUUCAUGAGCAAGAUCAACCGACCCCCCAUCUCUAUCUCCCGAAUCGUCAAGGAGACCAAGGGUUCCAACCCCGACAACUCCAAGACCGUUGUCGUUGUCGGCACCAUCCUCGACGACGAGCGUCUCCCCGAGGUCCCCAAGCUCACCGUCGCUGCCCUCCGAUUCUCCACCGGUGCCCGUGAGCGUAUCACUGCCGCCGGCGGUGAGGCCAUCACCCUCGACCAGCUCGCUCUCCGAGCCCCCACUGGUUCCAACACUGUCCUCCUCAGGGGUAAGAGGAACGUCCGUGAGGCCGUCAAGCACUUCGGUGGACCCCUCAAGGGCGGUAAGCCUUACAUUGAGAGCAAGGGUAGGAAGUUCGAGAAGGCUCGUGGUAGGAGAAAGUCCAGGGGUUUCAAGAUCAAGUCUACCCACAAGUAA